GCCCGUUCCGGCUGCCGGGUCCAGAGCCGCUGGAUGUCCUCCGCCCGCCGCCUUGCCCCGGCCCUGCCCGCGCUCGCCAGCAUGUCCUUCAUCCCGGUGGCCGAGGACUCUGACUUCCCCAUCCACAACCUGCCCUACGGCGUCUUCUCCACCAAAGGCAACCCAAGACCGAGGAUUGGUGUGGCCAUUGGCGACCAGAUCCUGGACCUCAGUAUCAUUAAGCACCUUUUCACUGGGCCUGUCCUCUCCAAACACCAGGAUGUCUUUGAUCAGCCAACUCUAAACAGCUUCAUGGGCCUGGGUCAGGCUGCCUGGAAGGAGGCAAGAGCGUUCUUGCAGAACCUGCUAUCUGCCAGCCAAGCCAGGCUCAGAGAUGACAUGGAGCUUCAGAAGUGUGCAUUCACCUCCCAGGCUUCUGCCACGAUGCACCUUCCAGCUACCAUAGGAGACUACACGGACUUCUAUUCCUCUCGGCAGCAUGCCACUAACGUCGGAAUCAUGUUCAGGGGCCAGGAGAAUGCGUUGAUGCCUAAUUGGCUGCACUUACCAGUGGGCUACCACGGCCGUGCUUCCUCCGUUGUGGUGUCUGGAACCCCGAUCCGAAGGCCCAUGGGACAGAUGAGACCUGAUGACUCAAAGCCUCCUGUAUAUGGUGCCUGCAAACUCUUGGACAUGGAGUUGGAAAUGGCUUUCUUUGUAGGCCCGGGGAACAGAUUCGGAGAGCCCAUCCCCAUCUCCAAGGCCCAUGAGCACAUUUUCGGAAUGGUCCUUAUGAACGACUGGAGUGCUCGAGACAUUCAGAAGUGGGAAUAUGUCCCUCUUGGGCCGUUCCUCGGGAAGAGUUUUGGAACCACCAUCUCUCCAUGGGUGGUGACCAUGGAUGCCCUCAUGCCCUUUGCUGUGCCCAACCCAGAUCAGGACCCCAGGCCUCUUCCAUAUCUCUGCCAUGACCAGCCCUACACAUUUGACAUCAACCUCUCUGUUGCCCUGAAAGGAGAAGGAAUGAGCCAGGCGGCUACAAUAUGUAGGUCCAAUUUCAAGCACAUGUACUGGACAAUGCUGCAGCAGCUCACCCACCACUCUGUCAAUGGCUGCAACCUGCGGCCGGGGGACCUGUUGGCUUCUGGAACCAUCAGUGGGCCGGGAGGCUGGCACGAGGGUGCUGAUGCCAGGGAGGGUGAGGGGCCAUGUCAGUAUGGGCCCUGGGACCAAAAGCUCUGGAGAUGCCACCACUGUGGUGCCCAAGCUGCUGCAUUUCCAGCUAAGGCUUUGGGUCAGAGCAGCCUGAGCAGCCAGUACCAUCCAGAUGACGGGGCAGGGCACUGCCAGGGGGAUGGCUACCGCAUUGGCUUCGGCCAGUGUGCUGGAAAAGUGCUGCCUGCGCUCUCGCCAGCGUGAAGUCCUCUCUGCUCUCCUGGGAGCAAGGGCUCGUGCACCCCUCUCGGGUGACUGGAGCCUCCUUCUGUGGCUGGGGUUCUUCAUUCAGUCAUAAAUAAAGCCAUGUGUUCUGUCUCCAUGCUCU